CUCAGGUUGGUGAGUGAACGCCCUGCAGAUUAUGUCAGAUUGCGUGCAGAAACCAAACCAGCCCAGCCUUUGAACUUCACCGCUUUUGGCUCGUAUUCACGCUCUUCCGCUCAUUUCCAAGCCAGGUGCUGCUUGACGACGAACCUCAGAGAGAGAGGGAGAAAGAGAGAGUCUGUUCAGGAGAGAAAUAACAGCCGACACUUUUUUACUACUCCGACAAACUGACUGCGGAACAUCGCUUUCACCUUUGUGGAUUUUUAUAUCUGUGCGUCUUGCAUGUGUUUUUGCCACAGAGUUGUAACCGGACUUAAGCGAAUGCGCAUCGCGUGCUGUUGACUCGGGACAAACCGAAAACAACCUUGCCGCUGGAUUUUUAAAAUAUUUGAUUUUCUUCAUUUUUUAUUAUAAUUUUUUUUAUUUUAUUUUUGCUGCUUUUUAAAUCCCUGGUCUCCAGAAGUGGCAUGACUGGCAUCUGGCAUCUCGACAGGUGAAUAGUUUCCCUUCCUUUCCCGAUAAGAACUUUUCUUUCCUCGUCGUUAACGUUGAGAGGAUAAAAAGAAAAAGAAAAAAGUACCUUUUUGAAGAUGUCAAAGCCCGCUGAUCACAUCAAGAGACCCAUGAACGCGUUCAUGGUCUGGUCCCGGGGCCAGAGGAGGAAAAUGGCACAGGAAAAUCCAAAAAUGCACAAUUCGGAGAUCAGCAAGAGGCUGGGCGCCGAGUGGAAGCUGCUGUCCGAGUCUGAGAAGAGACCCUACAUCGACGAGGCCAAGAGGCUGCGCGCCCAGCACAUGAAGGAGCAUCCCGACUACAAGUACAGACCCCGGCGCAAGCCCAAGAACCUGCUGAAGAAGGACCGCUACGUCUUCCCUCUGCCUUACCUCGGGGACACCGAUCACCUGAAGGGACUGCCCGUGUCGGCCGCGGACUCUCUGCUGGGCUCCUCGGAGAAAGCCCGGGCGUUCCUGCCGCCCACCUCCGCCCCCUACUCCUUCCUCGACCCGAGCCAAUUCAGCUCCAGCGCCAUCCAGAAGAUGACAGAGAUGCCGCACACGUUGAGCACCAGCACUUUGCCGUACGCGUCCUCGUUGGGAUAUCAGAACGGCGCGUUUGGCACCCUCGGGUGCCCCAGUCAGCACACCCACACCCACCCUUCACCCACAAACCCGGGCUACGUCGUUCCGUGCAACUGCACGGCCUGGUCAGCGUCAAGUUUACAGCCCCCCGUGGCCUACAUACUUUUUCCAGGUAUGACCAAGACUGGGAUAGACCCAUAUUCAUCUGCACAUGCCACUGCCAUGUAACCCACAAGACUCCCCCCUUUGCCUCACUCUUUUUAAUUCACUUGAAUACCGAAAUGCAUGUAAAUAUUACAACGGACAUGUGCGUCCCAUUUAAAAAGAGGCAUGAACAGUGUUAACUGCCUUGGACUUGGUAAAGAACAAAAAAGAAAAAAA